AUGGAUCAGCUCCUGGAAGUAGGCGCUCAAGAAUCAUGGCGUUGCAUCAACGACUACGGCUUCUACCUCGACAUUUGCCACUUUUCAAUCGCGCUGAUGGGCGCAAAGAAGAAACUCGGUGCAACUGCUCGUGAAAAGCCUCUUAUCUCCGCCGGAGUGUCCAUUUUCUCCUGUUUCUUGUCCGGUUUCACGCUCAACUUCCUCUGCGGCCUGCCAAUCCUCGGAUCCUUGCAAGCGACGACGACGCUGAUCAUGAUCUUUUGUUUGUGGAUGUUGAUGAAUUUUAUCAUGCCGGAUUUGUUCGACAAGAUCUUCAACUUUCCCCCUGUGCUGAUUGUUCUAGUGGCGGGAAAAGAACUUCUGAGGAACAAGAAAAUCUAUGGCUCGAUUGACAAAGCGAUGAAAAUUUACCCAGAAAGGAAAGGUUCAUUUCUCGGACUGGCUUAUUUUGUUUCCUUUCAUAUCGUCGCUUUUCUCGGUUUGGUUGGCUGCGCUGCUGGCGGUGCUUUGACCCACUACCUAACUGCUGUCCAGAACAAGUCGUUCACUGGCAAUCAGAAGCCAGCCUUGGCGACGAAAUUCUCAACAGUUUUCGCGAUUUUGCACACUUGCGCCACGAUGAAAAUUGCAUUUUUCGGCUGGCUGCCGACGCGCCCUGAAGUCUGCUUCAUUCAGUUUUCCGUCGUCGCUCCGAUCUUGAUUGGCGAGAAAUUCGGACUUGUCAUUGAUCCCUUCCAACCUUUGCAGGACAUUCUGUACAGAGUCUUUGUCAGCAUGGGCGAAGAAGAAAUAGCUGCUCCAAAGCCUGUUUCAGCGCCAAAAUCUCCAUCAAAGAAGGCUAAAAAGUCGAAGAAAGAAUAA